GUUGUUGGGCUGAACCGGACCACAGAAUCACACAGGAUCCGUGGUCCGGUCCCAUCAGGCCAUCACCAAUUCACCAUUCACCAUCGCCACCGCCCUCGGCCCUCGCCCACGCCGCCUACCUCCGCCACAUCGCAAAAGGAACACCACAGCAUCCCCAUUGCGGCAUGGCCAUGCCCAAUUGCUCGCCGCCGCCGGGCGGCGGCUUUCUCUUGUUGCGGUGGGCUGGUGGCGGCCUGGGAUGGUUCUGGAACGAAUCGGAAGAGGAGGGCCUCUGGGCUCAUCUGGCCGCCGCCCAAAGCCCAACCCCUCUCCCUCUGAGGUAUAUGGUCUGUUUGGUUCUCUUCUCAGUGUUCCUGCACUGCACCUGGCUCCCGCUGACCAGGCUACGGGUGUGCAACCAUUGUUUGUUUGGUUCGCAUGACUACGCCAUCGCCGCCCGCGAGCCAGGCCAUGAGAAAACGGAUUCCAAAUCCGUUUUUUGGGAGCCAGGCUCCAGUGCCUCGGUUGCAUGCCCAGGGCCAGGCCCAGCAAUGAGUGCAGGGAACCAAACACUGUGAAACUGCAUCCCAGGAGCCAAGCACGAGUAUAUCAGGGCAACCAAACAGG